AUGGCUUCUCCAAAUACUUCUACGCUGUCGCCUAGCAAGAAGAAGGAUGAGUCCUUCCUGGAGAAGAUUGGCACUAUGGGCCGGAAAAAGAAAGCGAAAGAAGUGUCAGAGCUUCAAGAAGAGGGCAAGAAUGCUAUUGAAUCUCCAACUAGCCCACAGUUGCCUGACAUAGGACCCGAGGGCUAUCAGCUGGCUGAUUAUGAAGAACGGUCAAUGAUUGAGCCCACUUCCCGUGAAAAUCCCAAGUUGGUUGAACUGAUCAAGGUUCUGCUAGACUGGAUCAACGAUGAGCUGGCUGACCUUCGUAUCAUUGUCAAGGACAUUGAAGAGGAUCUGUUUGAUGGACAGAUCUUGCAGAAGCUGAUUGAAAAGCUAUGCAGGGUCAAAGUUGAAGCCAGGGAGGUAACUCAGUCUGAAAUAGGUCAGAAACAGAAGCUGAGAGUUGUCCUAGAUUACAUCAACCACAUCCUUGGGGUUCCCCCAGUUUGGAGCCAGCAGAAGUGGAGCGUUGACAGUGUUCACUCAAAGAACCUGGUUGCCAUUCUUCAUUUACUGGUGGCCUUGGCCAAACACUUCAAUGCCCCCAUCAAGAUGCCAGACAAUGUCACCGUUACCCUACUGGUCAUUCAGAAAGUGGACAACAUACUGCAGACCAGAUAUGUCCAGGAAGAAAUCACUACAAAUUAUGACGAUGCUGAUGGACGAGGUGAGAGGGAUGCCUUUGACACACUUUUUGACCAUGCACCUGACAAGCUAAAUGUUGUGAAGAAAACUCUGCUGACCUUUGUGAACAAACACCUGAUGAGGCUAAAUUUGGAGGUCACAGAUCUGGAUAACCAGUUUCAUGAUGGAGUUUUCUUGAUCAUGUUGAUGGGCUUGCUGGAGGGCUAUUUCACCCCGCUGUACCAAUUUCACGUGACCCCAACCACAUUUGAGCAGAGGGUUCAUAAUGUCAAGUUUGCCUUUGAGUUGAUGGAGGAUGCAAGUCUGCCACGUCCUAAAGCCAGACCUGAGGAUAUCGUGAACCAAGACCUCAAGUCCACUCUAAGAGUUCUCUACAACAUCUUCACAAAGUACAAGUCCACUCAUGGUGGUCCAUCCGUGAUAGCCCAGUAG